GGCUUUCAUAAUUUUAUGGACAACGGUGGCGGGAGACGUAUGGAACAACAACAGUACAUUACGUUUUGUGCUUUUUUUGUUACAGUGAGGCACGGGUAACAUAUAUUUCCUAGCGAGCAAAUCGUAUUUGCUUCUGGAAGGAGACGCAAGAUGGAUGAUUUUGGAGUAUUUGUCGUUUUCGGAAUCAACGAAGCGCCCCGUAAACUUCUAUGCACCAACGGGUCAGCCUUCAAGUGUGUUGCAGUACCAGAUGAUUCCCAGCAGGUGGUGCUGUUCUCCAGUGGCCGGUGGGGCGAGCGCAUCUGCGUCAACGCGGAGCUGAACGACGCUAACAGAGUACCGAUCACAAUCGGGAAACUGACGCCAUACAACAAGUGUCUGUCCUGGGAGAGGUGUGAGGAGGAGAGCUGGAGAGAGGGGGCGAUGCUGACCAUCACCCUGGAAGGAGGGGACCUGGUGAGAGCAGACCUCUCAGAGGCAGCUGUUACCCUGGCCAUGAAGGAGUUCACUCCAGAGGGCUCUGGGGCGCCCCCUGCUGUCCGGGAGGGGAAGAGGAGGAGAGAGGACGAAGACGAGAACAUGUGUCCCAACGACGACUCGCCACAGAGGUCCACCCCGCUCAGGAGGGUCAAAGGUCACGGCAAGGGAAGUCAGACCAGGCUGUUCCAGCAGGGGGGCGCGACCCGUACCCCUCAGAACCCCCCCAGGGGGCGGGGGAGACAGGCCAAGACUCCCACACAGACUGCCUCAUUGGCUGGUCCGUCAGGUCGCUGGGGUCAGAGUAUGUGUCUGAUAGACCCCCAGACAGCCAUCCUGAUUGGAGGACAAGGCUGCAGGAUGCAGUUCUGUAAGGAUCCUAUGUGGAAGCUGUGUACAGAGGACAUGUCCUGGGUUGCCGCGGAGACACUGGCGGAAGGCCCCACUCCGGAGGCCAGGAUUGGCCACACGGCGACCUACGACCCUGACUCCAGACGGAUCUUCGUGUUCGGCGGCUCCAAGAACAGGAAGUGGUUCAACGACGUUCACAUCCUGGACACACAGAGCUGGAGGUGGAGCACAGUGGAGGCCCAGGGUAAGGUUCCCCCCCUAGCCUACCACAGCUGUAGUAUGUUCCGGGGCGAACUAUUUGUCCUGGGGGGGGUGUUUCCUCGCCCCCACCCAGAGCCUGAUGGCUGCAGCGACUCUCUCUACAUCUUCGACCCCCAGCUCUCGAUAUGGUACCAGCCCAUUGUCAUGGGAGACAAGCCUGCCCCACGCUCAGGUCAUUCUGCCUGUGUGCUGGGGGGGAAGAUCUUCAUGUUUGGGGGCUGGGACACACCUGUCUGCUACAAUGACAUGUACAUGCUGGACCUGGGUCUGAUGGAGUUCAGCGCGGUGCGGACGUCUGGCCGCGCCCCGUCUCCCCGGUGUUGGCACGGCAACGCCCCCCUCUCAGGAUCCAGGUUCCUGCUCCACGGGGGGUACGACGGCCAUCACGCCCUCACCGACACCUUCAUCUUCAACACAGAGACCAGCAGCUGGACGGAGGUUUUCCACCCUCAGCUCUCUGUGCCUCGCGCCGGCCACUCCAUCAUCACCAUGACAACGGCCAACCGCCUCUCGGGGGAGGGGGGGGGAGAGGAGGGCGGGGCCAGUAAAACCCUGCUGGUGUUUGGGGGCGGAGACAACGAGGGGAAUUUCUAUUCCGACCUGACAACGGUUGCCGAGCACGAAAUGAUGGAUAAAAGCUAAGAACUACUGAAAGUGCUUCAGGGAAAUGGAAGACAAAUUACACUCUCUUUUUGUAUUUUUUAUAAAUAUACAUAUUUUGUGUUUUUGUUCUAAACUGUUAAACUAUGCAAUGUUAAAGUAUUUAAAUGUUUGAUGUUUCUGGACUGUACGUGCCGAUACAGGAGGUCGUAACAACAAAAAGGGUUUUAAAGGUUUGAUCAAGAUUUUUUUUUUACCUAGAUAUUUUUAUAUGUUCAAGUUGUCCCUCAGGUGAAUGUUUUAACAGUGAAAAGACCAUGUUUCUACCAUCUUGUUUCUUCUGUAAUCAUCAGUGUCUCGGAGGAACCUUUUAUUAAAACAUAUAGUUUAAA